AUGGAAAUGCUUGGAUCAGAUGAUUCUUCUGGUUCUGAUUUUGAAGAUUCUGAUGAUUUCGAACCAUCUGAUAAAAGUUCAUCGGAUGAUGACUACGAAUCUCAUGCUGAAGGUAAUAAUAUUCUUAUUCCUAAUACCGAUCCCGAUGAUGAAUCAGAAGACGAGAGUAAUAAUAUUGUUAUUCCUAAUAUUGAUCCUCAUCAUGUUAUUUGGUCUAAACCACCACGUUCAUUUACUCCACAUUUUACUAUACCUGAUGACCGUAAACCUGAAGUGUUGGUUGAUUUGGAAUCUGGUUGUUUAGAAUUGACAUGUUUUCAAAAAAUUUUUCCACGCAGUUUGUACAUAUUUAUAAGUCAAUGCACGAAUGAACGUUUACAGAUACUAAGGGACAAAAAGAAGAAAACUAAAGAUGAAAUUCGAGAUUCAGACUCUAGUGAAAUAAUGCUAACACUUGGUUGCCUACUUGUUAUGAGUUAUAAUAAAUUACUUAAUGUGUACGAUUGUUGGUCCAAAAAUCCAUCGAUGGGGAACCAAGAAAUAAAAAUGGCAAUGGUGCGUAAUAGGUUUCAGUUAUUGAUGUCUAAACUAUAUUUCAAUCACCCAAAGCCACCAACAAAUGCUUCUAAAACGUACUACAUUGACGAAAUGGUAAAUUGUUUGAAGCAUACAUUUUUGAAUGCUCGAGGAGAGAGCCCGUUUCAAAGUUAG